AUGCCUACUCUUCCUGAUGAUGAAAUGGAUGCAACUGUUGCUAUAUUCACAGCUUAUCGUCAUUGGCCUCCUUUAACUACACAUAGAGAUACUUUAAAAGGUGUUCUAUAUCAAUUAGAUGCAGCAAUGAUGGAUGAACAAUCACAAAGAAAAGGACUUAUUGUAUUGUACGAUAUGCGUGAUACAAAAUAUUCUAAUUUUGAUUAUCAUCUUUGUAUUAAAUUGUUAAAUUUAUUCAAAGGUGUCUAUCCAGCUCGUCUACGUAAAGUGAUUAUUAUUGAACCACCAUUUUGGUUUCGAGCACCAUUCAAUGUGCUACGAUUAUUUGUUCGUGAAAAAAUGCGUGAUCGGAUAUAUUCUGUUGAUUAUGAUGAAUUAAAUGUACAUUUACCAAAUUCCACAUUAAAACGUUUAUUUGGUCAAUUAACUUUUAAUCAACAUUUUGAUUGGUUAUUAAAUUGUUUUCAACGUACUGGUCAUGUAGCACAUAUGCCAAAUGAUUAUUUUAAAUUAACACAAACAUCGAGUAUAAUUAAAUCAUCUGAUUUCAUUCAUUCAACAUUACAUAAUCCUUUAUUAGGCAAUGAAUUCAUUGUACAACUUGAUGUAUAUCAUAAUCAUAAUGAUAAUCAUAAUAAUAAGAGUAACAAUAUUGAUGAUAAUAUUAACAAGGCGACUACAUUAUCUCGUCGUUAUACUACAACAAAUGCUGCUACUGUUACUGGUACCAAUAAAAAUAACAAUAAUAAAGAUAUAUCUCUGUCUUCUUCUAUACAUGGAUCAUUACGUGUUCCUGUGAAAAAUCGUCGAUGUUCCGAUGAUUUUUUCAAUGCAACCAUUGUGCCACCAUCAUCAACAUCAUCAUCAUCAUCGUUGUUGGCAGGAGCGGCGACCACCACCGCAACAACCAUGAUCUUCCAUGAAUCAUCAACACAAUCACAGUAUUAUUAUACAAUGAAUGGAAGUAUUUCAUCACCAACAACAUCACAACUGUUAGUAGAUACUGUCGGGCUGCAAACAUCACCAUUACCACGUCGUGGACUAUUACUGACUACUACUACUAAUAAUAAUAAUAAUCGUAUGACUGAUUCAAUGUUUGAACAGUCUGUUGUCAGUCAUGAUAAUAAUAAUAAUAUGGAUUCUAUAUCAACAGUAUCAUCUAUGUUUUCGCCUAAUGAACGACGUGUAUUCUAUCGAUCUGAUCGUCAUUUUUCACAUUUCAAUUCAGUUAGAUAUAAAAUGAAUACAACUAAAACACUAUCAAAUGGUAUUCAUAAUGAUUCGACUAUUUCUAAAAAUCGUUUGUACAUUACAAAUCCUUCAUCGGAAACACGUUUAUCUAUUGCAGAAUUUAUUACUAGAGUACAAAGUGUUGGUUCUAUUGGAUUAACAUUAGAAUUUGAUGCAUUAUUUAAAGAUAAUCCUGUUAAAGGUGCUUGUACACGUUUUGCACAAGCAUCAAAUAAACGUCGUAAUCGUUAUUUAGAUGUGCCUUGUUUAGAUUCAACAGCUGUAGAAUUAUCUGAUAAUACAUAUAUUCAUGCAAAUUGGGUUGAUGGUUAUCGAUGUCCACGUGCUUAUAUCUUAGCUCAAGGUCCAUUAGAGAAUACAAUACGUGAAUUUUGGAUGACUAUUUGGGAGCAUAAAGUAAUUACUAUUAUAAUGCUUACUAAAGUUGUUGAAGGUCAACGUCCUAAAUGUGCAUUGUAUUGGCCAACAAGAAAAUCUUCCUCAUUGUCAAAAGAUCAAUCUUUCCCGCGCAGUAAUAAUCAUUCAAUAGACACAAAAAUUAAUGAUUUAAUCAAAGGUAGCCAUAACAAUUCAACAAUCAGUGCUGCUAGUUAUGGAGAAUUUCAAGUGACUAAUUGUGGUGAAUUUAUUGAAGCUGGUGGUUUAUAUAAACGAAGCAUAUUAGAAGUGACAUGUAAAUCGUCGAAAAAUACCACUACUACUCAAAUUGGCGUUAGUAAAUUAGAACGUGAUCGACAAAAAACUAAAACAAAUGCUCAAAAGGUAUCAUCAGCGUUCAUACGGUGGUGUAACACGUACAACUUAAGUUCAUAUCGUCGUUGAAUUGUUUCAGCAAGAAAAAAACACUACUUUUUUUUUAUUAUUCUUAUUACUUUUGUGGUGC